AUGGCAGAGAAAAACAUCGAAAAGCAAAGUGAGGCGGUGGGAGGUGAAGAAAACAAAGACAGUAGCAGACAAUCUGACUCAUUCAAACUGAGUGGUCCAGGAGUAACGUCUUCAACUGCCAACCACCAGACACACGUCCUGCUGGAGCUAACAGAUGUACUAGGUGGCCCACCCUACAGUGUCACAGCUGAACUAAAGGCCGAGGUGUCCAGUAAACUCCCACGAUGGCUGAGGAAGAAACCACAAACCGAUGUAGUGGUAACCGAAAAGUCGCCGUCACAGUUUAUCAUUCACUACGGUGUUGCCAGUCGAGGAAAGUACAAGCUCCACAUUCGGGUAAACGGCUCUGAAUUACAGGGUAGCCCCCUGGAUAUUGCUGUCUAUCCAGACCCGUCCCAGCUCCGGCCACAGGUAAAGGUGAUAUACACCAUAGGGUUGGUUUGGGGUCUGGCAGCAAACAGUCAAGGGGAUCUUCUGGCCACAGCAUUUGGUGCCAGCAAAAUCCAUGUCCUCAGCAAAAAAGGAGUGGUAGUUGGAUCACUAGGCGACAAAGGCUACGGCCCUGCCCAGAGAGUUAAAGCUCCUAUGGGACUGACUGUGGAUGCUCACGGCAACAUUUACGUCAGCGAAGAAACAAAGGUGGUAAAGUUGGGAGCCGACGGAAGCCUUCUGGUCGGCGUUGGGAGACUGGGGAGGGGAAACAGGGAGUUCAACAUGCCCGAUGGAAUAGCAGUCUACGAUGGAGAAGUCUACGUCUGCGACAAGGGGAACAAUCGAAUUCAAGUCUUUGACACCGAGCUAAAGUUCAAGAGAAUACUGACGUGUAAGAUGCCGGAAGGUAGGCCGCGAGGAUUCAGAGCACCGAGUGCCAUUGACGUUGACUCCAGCGGAAGGGCCUACAUUGCAGACAGCGGGAACAACCGCAUCGUAGCGGUGGAGCUCCAGACUGGAGACCUUCUACGUGAGAUUGGUCACGAGGAGGGAGAGGGGAAACUGUACAACCCCACUGGUCUGCACGUGGUAGCCGAGUUUCUGUACGUCUCUGACGACGAUAAUUGCAGGGACGUCAUCUUUCGCACCACUGGAGAGCUAGUCGCUACUAUGCCGAGAGGUUCCCCUGUGGGGCCAGUGAAGGGACCGGUCAGGUUUGCCUCGGACAGAAACGGUUUCGUCUAUAGUCUAGGAUCUUUUGGCAAAUUCACUACUUACUGA